CGUCCAGGUGACGAAGGGUUCAAAGUUCAUAAAUGAGUUAGGGGGUUGUUUUGCGUAACUUAGGUUGGUUGUAGUGGACAUUUAUUGUCGGGAACGGCCUUACCAAAGGUGGACAACAUGGGGAGCGUGGUGUCACUACUGGAGAGCAGUUCGCUGGCUCGAGCGGCCGCCGUGGCCUUCGGCGUGCAGUGGGCGCUGUUUCCGAUAGCUGCUUACUUUCAGACAGAAAAGUUCUACGACUUGGCAGGUGGAGGUACCUUCACCCUGUUGUCCCUGCUGAGUCUGAGGUGGGGAGGGCGAUACUACCAGCGUCAGAAGGUCCAGACAGGCAUGGUCUGUACCUGGGCUCUCAGACUCGCCCUGUUUCUGUUACACCGGGUGCUGAAGACUGGCAGGGACAGCAGGUUCAAGCAUGCCAGGAAGGACCCUAAGUUAUUCCUGAUGUACUGGACUAUACAAGGCCUGUGGGUUUUUAUCACCCUCCUCCCCACCCUCCUGCUGAACGAAGAGAAGAACAACCCUGCCCUGGGGGAGAGGGACUAUGUAGGGUGGGGGCUGUGGGCACUCGGCCUGCUGGUCGAAGUCAUCGCUGACUAUCAAAAAUCUGCAUUCAAGAACAAUCCAGCCAAUCAGGACAAGUUUAUCCAGAGCGGCCUGUGGUCGCUGAGUCGUCAUCCCAACUACCUUGGAGAGAUUCUCCUCCACACAGGUCUCUACAUCUCCGCCUCGUCCGUGUUCCGUGGUUACCAGCACCUGAGCGCCGUGUCUCCCGUGUUUGUGUUCCUGCUCCUGACACGUUUGAGCGGGAUUCCCAUCCUGGAGCGUCAGGGUAUGAAACGGUGGGGACAAAACCCAGCAUACCUGGCGUACAGGCGCAACACUGCCAUGCUCAUCCCAUAUAUCUGUACAUUCAGAGCAGAGCAGGUGUCGUUAACAAGGGCGAAAAUGACUGAAGACGACACGGAGAACGAAGCUGAAACGCCAGAGACACAGCCACUCCUACACGGUAACAAAACGACUGCAGAAGACACCACUUCAACAUGCCGCUUACCGAUCGAUCCCAUUCCCACGUUCUUCCUUCUCGCCAUUGGUACACUAAGUCCCCUUUUGAAGGAGUUUCUGUACUACAAACAAUGUGAAAAUAGCAACAUCACGUUUGUUUGGAACGACAAUUCCUCCAAGUGUUUCUUAAACAUGUCUGAUCCCGGGUACCUGGCUCAGCAGAAGGCCCAGGCUGGCGCUUCACAGCAGCUUCUGUACCAUAACAUGGGCCUGUAUAUGGCAGCGUGCUUCUCUGCCGUGUUCUUUGGGGUUUGGAGCGAUCUAAGCCGAAGGAGAAAGGUCGCUAUCGUGCCUCCAAUCUUUGGAGGAAUCCUCCAAGCCACCUUGUACCUGCUACUAAUGGGGUUUAUGUUCUCUUUUGAAUUUGUCAUCAUAGGUAUCACAUUUGUUGGUCUUUUUGGCUACUAUUUCACUCCAUUUGUUGGUAUCAAGGCCUAUUUAGCCGACAUAACACCCCGCUCCCAACUUACAUUUCGACUGGCUGUGCUCAAUGCUUUUGAAGGUACCGGCAUUGCGCUUGGGUACGUAUCGUCGGGUCUCUGGGUUCAAUGGCAAAAGUCUUUCACCACAUCAAUGUGGAUCCCUUUGGGACUGUUUGUUUUCAUAUUUCUGUACGUACUUCUUCUUCCCGAAUCUCUGCCAAUGUCCGUAAAAGACCUGUUUUCGUGGUCCCAUUUCAGCGCUUUCAGACGAGCAUGCAGCUCGGCCAAAAAUUCCGACAUCGACUGGGGCAUGUUGGGCUGCUAUUACAUUGCCUACAUUUCCACGCAUUUUGCUGAUGGGGCUUUUUCUGAGAUAGUCAAUCUCUUCUUGAUGAAUUCACCUUUUUGUUGGGAUCCUAGUAAGAUUGGUAUACUUCUUGCUGCCAUGUACUUCGGAUAUCACAUCAUAAGUGCGGUGGGAAUCCGUCUGUUAGGGCGCAUCAUGGAUGACCUGUGGAUCGCACAGAUAGGCAUCCUGUCCGACGUGCUGGCAAACACACUCAUGGCCGUGUCAGCUUUCCUUCCGCACCGGGACAUCAUUCCGUUCAUAGUCCCGUGUGUCAGAAUGUUUGCCCGAAUGCAGCAUUGUGUCAUCAGCUCUGGAAUGUCUAAACUUGUUCCUCAGGACCGACAAGGUUCAGUGUUCGCGCUCCUGUAUUGUUUUGAAGCCAUCAACAAGCUGACAGAGUCGCUGGUGUUCCUUCCUGUGUACCGGGCCACUCUGCACUGGUUCCCCGGCUUCGUUUUCCUCAUCAACCCGGCCAUCAACUUCAUCAUCACCGUUCCUGUGCUCGGAUUCGUGCAUUACCGUACGCGCAGUCGGUCUACGAAAAGUCAACUCACGAUCAACUAGACUCAACGUUAACUGCGAGAAAUGUUUUUCCAUUUCCACAUGAUAUUCCUAUGAUAUUCUUUAGACUUGGGUGUACGAUUCAAUUCCAACUACUAGUGCAUGUUCAGGUCAAAACUGAUGAGGCACAAUAAGUUGGUAAUAGAAGGGCUUUGACUUCAAUGUUUACACUUCCUAUAGAUCUGCAAUUAACAAACUAUAAAGCGAUGAUGUUAGCGCUUGCGUCCUUGGAUCACUACAUGUUUAUGUAUACAGAAUACUGAACCAUGGUGCCUAUAUAUUAUGAAGCAGACAGGGAUACCAAAGCUAUACCUGACGAUGUAGUGUAAAACGCUAAAAUCCACAGUGCAUUGCCUCCUGUCAAACUGAGGAAGAACUGCAGAAGGCAAUCACGUGCGGGUUCCCUGCAAACAUCUGGUCCGCACGUGAGGCUGGCGGGGUUCAGCUGAGGUGAUAACCAGGCUGGUAUAAGGGAAGGAGAACAGCACGAGGGAAGCAUGCAGGGCUCGUUGGUCUAGUGGCAUGAUUCUCGCUUAGGGAACAUCUUCAUCCUUCUAAGAUGCGAGAGGUCCCGGGUUCGACUCCCGGACGAGCCCGUCUUUUUGCCACAUAUUUCUUUUUAGAUAAAAUAAAAAGACAUGAACAUGCCGGUUUCUGAAUAUCGGACAGCUGUUUACCUGACCACGAUAUGAUACGUUUUAAAAACGUUUCCCGGGUACCUAUAAUAAAUAUUGAUAAAUUGUAUAUGCACCUGA